AUUGCCUCUUUCCUCUCUCCAAUAUAAUAAUUUGUCUAACUCAACACCCAAAGGAUAUUUGAUUAAUUUUGUUAAUCAAAAGGCAAAAACAAUGGGAGCAUGUGCAAGCAAGCCUAAGGUCUUGGAGGGUACUGCUCCUCAUGUGGUGGGAGAAGACAUCAUGAACAACAACAAGCAAGAAGGAAUUGUGGGCGAUGAUGUUCCUAAUAAGCCUCACUCUCUCAGUAAUUUGUUCAAGGAGGGAAAAGGGUCAGAACAAGUGAAAGAGGAGACAUCCACAGAAGCCCAGCUAGAAGUUUUACCAAAGACAGAGGAGACACCAGAAGCAUUUCUUGAAAAUAAAACAGAGGAUGUUAUAGAAUCAAAAAUAGAGAAAAGAGUUGAAGAAAUAAAAUCAGAAGAGGAAGUUAUAAAAUCAAAAACAGAGACAACUACUCCGGCACAGAAGGAAGAAGUUAUAAAAUCCGAAUCAGAAACAGAGAUAACUACGCCCGCACAGAAGGAGGAAGUAAUAAAAUCAGAAACAGAGGUUUCCACUGAGAAGAAAGUUGAAGAAACAGUACAGGAAGUCGCUCAAGUAGAAAAGAAAUCAUCAUCAGAAGAAAAAUCUGAAGCUCCAGUGGAAGAGAAAUCAGCAAAAAAACCUGUCGUUCAAGAAAAGAAAUCAGGAAAAUUUUGGUGGGACAAGUAA